UCAAAACCAUCAUCGAUUCUUGCAAAUCAUCACCCUUCCAUCGAUCGAUCUGAUCCACCUAGUUGCAAGCUCGAUCGAUCUCUCAUCUGCUCUGCUAAUUGAUCCUAAGGCGAUCAUGGCAGCUGCCAACAGAUCGGCUCUCCUCGUCGUGGCCAUGGCGGCGGCGGUGCUCACGACGACGGCGACGGGCGCCACCACCUACACGGUAGGAGCACCGGCCGGGUCGUGGGACACGCGCACCAACUACGCGCAGUGGGUGUCCGCCGUCACCUUCCGUGUCGGCGACCAGCUUGUGUUCAAGUACUCGCCGGCGGCGCACGACGUCGUGGAGGUGACCAAGGCUGGCUACGACUCCUGCUCGAGCUCCGGCCCCGUCGCCACCUUCAACUCCGGCGAUGACACCGUGCCAUUGACAGCUACCGGCACCCGAUACUUCAUGUGCGGCUUCCCUGGCCAUUGCGCCGCCGGGAUGAAGAUCGCAGUCAAGGUCGAGGCCGCCACUGCCACCGGCGGUAGUGGCACUGCACUGUCGCCAAUGGCGCCUCGUCCGCGCACGCCUACAGCAAUGGCACCGAACGCGAUGCCACCUAUGGCUGGUGGUCGGCCUGUGUCUCCAUCGAGCUCGGCGAGCAAGUCCACUGGUGUUGCAUCUCUGGUUGGGCUUAGUUUGGGCGCCAUAGUUGCUGGCCUCAUGUCCUUCUAAAUUAGAGGAAGAAUAUUUUUUGUUCUCUCUUCAUUGGCGAUCGAUUGAUCAUGUUCAUAUGUAUUGAUUUGUUUGUGAUUAGUCCAGCUCAUAUUGUUACUUAUGUAAUUUUUGGUUACAUGUUAUUGAGCUUGCUUAUAUUUUGAUUCUUUAUUGCUAUAUAUAUAUGUUUUUGACCAUCA